GCAUUUAUGCUCAAACUGUAAUACUGACUGCUGUAAUACUGAAACCUUUCUGACUUAAUGUGAAACAAAAAAAGGAACUAGGUGUUUGCCCUUAACAUACAAUUCUUUUCACAACACAGCACAAGAUGCUUCAGCUAAUGUUUGGGAAAAACUACAUGGUGAAGAACUCCAAAAUGAGCAAGAGAAGCAUGAACGACAGUGAAGAUGUGGAAUAUUUGUGUGAAGAGAUAGUUCACAUUGAAACCAUCAGUGCAGCCCUCUUCAUUUUGGUCUUCAUCUUCAGUGUUGCAGGCAACACUCUCCUGUUAUGUGUCCUUGCUGUUUACGAGAACCUGAAAAAUGUCACAAAUCUGUUUGUCCUGAACCUGGCCUGCUCUGAUUUGGUCUUCGCCAUCACACUUCCAUUCUGGGCCUACUUCUACCUGCACAAGGACUGGGUCUUUGGGGACUUUUGCUGCAAAUUUAUGACUGCAGCAUACUUUGUUGGCUUGUACAGCAGCGUCAUUCUCUUGACUGCCAUGACUGUGGAUCGUUUCAUAACAGUGGUACUGCAUAACUACUGGCCAAGCAACUGUGUAAGGAGGCAGAGGUGUGCAGUGGGUGCCUGUGUAGCUGCCUGGGUCAUCAGCACUGCUGCAUCACUGAUCGAUGCUAUUAAAGUAGAGACGAGAACCUACUGGAAUAAUUUAACGGAAUGUUCGCCUUCCUCUGAUGGUUUGGAUGUCAAUGUGGGACAUUAUGUCCAAGUGUCACUGCUUUUCUUCCUCCCAUUUGUCAUCAUUGUUUUCUGCUAUUCUGCCAUCCUCAAGACAGUUUUGCAGCCUUCAAACAGAAAAAGGCACAGGACUGUAGUGGUGGUGUUAUGUGUUGUUGCAACCUUCUUUAUCUGCUGGGGACCUUACAAUAUUCUGCUCAUCGUCGAGACUAUAUUUAAACCCAGCGCUUGUAAUGAUAAGGAACGCUUGAACAUUGCCUUUCAUAUUUGUCAGAUACUAGCUUUUUCUCACUGCUGUAUGAACCCUGUGUUGUAUAUGCUCUCACAAAAGUGGCAAAAACAUCUGUUGCAUCUUUUACCCUGUGACAAAGUGUGUAGGAAGAACAGGGAGAGAGGCAUUGGCCUCAGCACUUCUGUUAUUCAGAAUACAAUUUCUGUGGCACAGAAGUCUACUGUUGUGUUGGAACUGCACUCCAAAUAGACAUUCACUUUUAAAAUGAAACAUCGGUUCAGUCUCCAAGUAUUUUGUGACAUAGUUUGUGUGUUUUUAUUUAUGUACAUAUUUGUAAUAUGUGGAAAUACUUUGCUGCACUUUCUCAGACUAUAUGAAUGUACAUUGCUGUGGUGUUACUAUAAGUUUAAAUAAAUAAUUUAGUUGGAGUCC